AUGACCCAUGACCAGACUGUGGUGUGUAAGCAGCGCGAGUGUUGGAAGGAACGGGCCGACAGACACAAUGACAGCGGUUGGGAAGCUGGUGCUUUUGCUGGGGCUGCUGCUGGCGGCUCACUGCGACGUGCGGGCCAGGGACCCCGAGGUGGAGGAGGAGGAGGCUGCGGCGGGGGAGUCUCACGGGGGACGGGACGGCUGGGACCCCGCGGGGGGGUUCGGGGGGGGGCAGCACCACCCGAGAGGGCAUGGACUGGAGCUCCCUGGGGGCACAACGCAACAUCAUCUGCCCCACACCACCCAUGGGCAGCACCACCCGAGGGGCAUGGACUGGAGCUCCCUGGGGGCACAACACAACAUCAUCUGCCCCACACCGCCCAUGGGCAUCACACCCCGGGCCAGGCGGAGGAGACGCCCGCAGCGGAUGGAGAUACGGGGCCCCAGAGCUUCCCUGCCCGCACCGGGAACUGGUGUGCGUACGUGCAGAAGCGCAUGGUUACUGUUGCCGUGUCCUGUGGAACCGAGAAGUACACCAUCAAGUCUCAGAGCCCCUGCCCCAGCGGCACCCCCGACUGCCAGAUCAUUAUGUACAAACUCUCCACGCGGCCGGUGUACCGAGAGAAGCAGAAGAUCUUCACAGCCCUGUUGUGGCACUGCUGCCCAGGCCAUGGUGGAGACAACUGUGAGGACUCAGUUCCAGACGACCAGGCCCUCAGGGACCCCCAGUCCCCAACCGCGGCAGGUAGAACCCAUCCAGGUGGGCCCCCUGCUCAGCAUGCAGGUGUAGAGGGACACCCGCAGCUGAUGAGGGACCCAAGCUGGGAGCAGAACGACUCUGAGGUGUCGGGCAGCCCCCUGUAUGAGGCGCGGGGGGUCCCAGCGGAGAACGACACCUCCGCGGACCUCACGUACGACUACCAAACCCAGAGAGACCUCUACCCCAGUCAACACGGCCCUGACGGAGGAGGUCCCGUGGACAGGGAGCUGGACGCUGAGCCCUGGCCCUACCCUCCCUCUUCUGCGCUUCCGCUUCUACCUCAGAUGGCUGCCCUCAUCAUGGCCCAGCUCCAGCCAGUCCUCGACGGCUUCAACCACACCCUGGAGCGCCUCUCUCUGGAGGUGGGAGGCCUGUCCCGCGACGUGGCGGAGCUCAAGCUGAGACGGGAAGAGAGGGGAAAUCACGAUCACCACACCCUGGGCCACGGAACUGAAGAAGCACAGGAGGGGCAGGAGGUGCAGGAGGGGCCGGAGGUGCAGGAGUAUUCGUCGAGUCGGUAUGAGUUCCUGGAGGGGAAGCUGGAGGAGAGCUUCCAGCAGAUUGAGGAGCUGCAGAGGCGGCUGGAGGAGCGACUGCACUCCCAGCACGUCAUGCUUCACUACAACCUGACCAGCUUCAAGACGGACAUUGAUGUCAAGAUCAAGCGGCAGCAGAAGAAUUUACAGAUGAAUUUGCAGGCCCUGAACUCGUCUAUCUCAGAGCUGAGGCAGGGACAGGAAAAUCUAGAGGAGGAAAUACAGAGAACCUGGGACACGCCCAUUGAGAGACCAGUCAUCCCAGCCCAGAGCCAGCCCAUCAGCCUAGAACCAGAACCAGCACCAGCCCUCUGGGAGGCCAUCGCCCGCCUGGAUGAGAAGGUGGUCAAUAACACGGUGAAGGUGGACACUUUGUCCGAGGGGCUUCAGGUGACGGACGGGAACGUGAGCAAUCUGCAGAGUGUACUCCAAGAGCUGGACGAAAAAAUCGGAAGCACGGGUCUCAAAAGCCAGAUCCAGUUCAUGGAGACUGUUCUGGAGGUGGACGCAGCCCGGGCGACGGUCCUGCAACGCGUGGAGGAGCUGGCCAACAACCUGACGCUCCAACGCGACAAGCAGCUGGACACGGAUUCGGACGUGGACUAUCUGUACAAGCAGCUCUAUGUUAACGUCAGCCGGGGCGGUGAUGACUGUAAAUGUGAAGCCUCGAUCUCCCGCCUGCAAGAGGCCAUUGCCAAAGUCAACGUGGUAGCCAGCGAAAACAAGAUGGCCGUGGAGAGCGCGGCGCAUUCAAAGCCAGAGGGCUGGGAUGACUGGAUGCCAUCUGUGGAGGACCUCAAGCAAGGGCUGAGUCAUGUGCAAAACUCUCUGGGCUUUGAGCAGGAGAGGACCAGGGCCCUGAACUCAAACAUGUCCCUGCUGCAGGCCUCCCUCCUGGGCAGCCAGCAACACAUCCGGGCCCUCCAGAACAAGGAGGACGGGAAGGAGAGCGAGGUCCAGCACCUCCAGGGCUCCUUCAACUCUCUGCUGAAGGACGCCCUCCGGCACGGCGAGGUCCUCGAGGUGGUACUGGGGAUGGAGGUGCUGGAGUUUUUGGCGUUGCCGGAGGAACAGCAGAUGCAACACUCCAUUCCGGCGGCCAAGAAGAUGAUCCAGGAUCUGAGGGACCAGCUCAAGGCGGCUCCGGAGACUGAGGCAGCAGACGAGCCCUCAGUGCUGACCGAAUGGGCAUCACGAGGACUCAUGAAGACGAGUGCAGACAAAGACACGAAAGAUCUCCUGUAUGAUGAGCCAGACGAGGGCCAGGAUUACUCAGAGAGCGACUUCUGGAGCCUGGAUAAGGCAGUGGAGGAACUUGCCAUUCGGGUGAGGAGGGCUGAGGCGCGCCCCUGCCCUGUUUCUUGCUGCAACUGCUCCAAGGAUGCUGCCUCCAGUGGUGUGGAGGUGAAACUGCAGGCAGAGGUCAACUCCCUGCGCAAAGGACUCGAAGAUCACCUGCAGCUGUUCAAGAGCAUCUUCGGCAACACCGAGGGUCUGACCGGCUCCGAGGCCACACUGGAUCUGGACAAACUGUCUGCGAUGAUGAAGAGGAAGGAGGCCAAGCAGCAGAGGAAGCAGCAGAAGAGAAGCGGCCAUCGGGGAGAGAAAGGCAGCCUUCGCAGCAGGAGGGACGCAUCGCUUGAGACCACAUUGAGAGCCGUCCAGUCAGACAAUCCUCUGGCGUUCAUCUCAAGUACCAAGAGUGGCAGUAGUAAGGACGGUCCGCUGAUCUUUGACGACAUCCUUUUGGACCGGGGUGAGAUGUACUCUACCACAACCGGUGUGUUCCGUGCACCGGUCAAAGGACUCUAUCUCUUUGUCGUGACGCUGGACUUCGGACCAGGAGCUUCUUUGGCGCGACUGAUGAGAGGCGAAGGGGUCGUGUCAGCGAGCCUCCAUCAGAGCCAGCGGAAGCCCGCGGGACCUGCCACGCGCGUGUGUUUGCUGCAGCUCGAGCAGGGCGAGGAGUUGUACCUGGAACUGUCGCAGGGAAGCCUGGAGGGCAGCAGCGCACAGGACAACACUUUCGCGGGGUUAUUGCUUUAUCAGACCACCUGAGGCCGCUCUUCACACUUAGAGAAGAGAACCGACCGAGUCUGAGGGGAUACGUUUUACAAAGACAGACAGCUGCUAGUUCACGUUUCCAUUAUUCUGCUGAGCCUGUUCUUAUCACGCUAUCUCUGUCGCCUUAUAUUUAUGGUUGGCCAAUACCAGUGAGCACAUUUAUUGCCCGUGUCGCGGGGAGCAAAGCAAGACAGAUGGCUUAUGAGCUGGCCUCUUUGACUCUUGAUGAGAAUCCGUUUGAGAGGCGGCAAACUGCCGAGGAGAGACAUUGGCUACAGCGGUGCACCUCACAUAUCACUUUUUGAACUGAGCUACACUUCGGAGGUAUUUGUGUAUAGCCCACCCUACUUAGCUCUUGUUAACUUAAUAUUUUAUAUUGAUAUUAAAUCAUAUUUAGGCACCAGGUAAGCGCGCUCAGGUAACAUUCUGGGCACGGAAAUUAUUGCUAAUAUCAUUACAAAGUAAGCCAAUUUAUUUUUCCACAUUUGUAGAUAUCGUGCUUACUUCUGGUUACUGUGUAAUGAUUACAUGCCAAUAGGACAUUUCACGUACAGAUGUAAUUAUGUCAUACCUGUGUGUGUACCCACUUUGGAUGAACCCACUCGCAGUUUUACCACCUCGCCUGCAAUUGCCUACUGGACACAAAUGGUGUAUAACCAAAAUACCUUUCGCCAAUGUGUAAUUCCUUUUUCUUGCCACUAGGCGGAAGCACACAAUACAGAUACAAGUUAAACCGGUAUUACACUUGAAAUGACCAAAGCCAGCACCACAAGGUUGUGUACUAAAAUAAUGUUAUUUACUUAUAAAGUGAUACAUUGGACAGUC